AUGCCAUCUCUAUGCAGGAUGGGAAUGAGUGUACAUCUCCUGGCGGAAAUGAAACGGGACUAUCCGUACGGAGUAGUUAUUGCUGGGUAUGGCGGAGAGCUCUAUACGAAGAGGAAAGCUGGCAACGCUCACUGGAUUUUCAGCGCACAAAAAUGUGAUCUGGUAAGAGAGAGACAUGGCACAGGCGAGAUGUGCCGACUUCUUGAUGCUCGUGCCAGGACAUUGGACAUUAGACAUUGCAGCUUCGGAGACACAGGAAUUCUGGCUGCAUCCAAGGGCAAAAGUCGUUACCACGCUCUGGCAUCAAGAAGGCCAACCUGGGAGUUGGGGUGGGUGGCACAAGCUGGAGAAACACUGUAUCCAAGAAAAAGCAACGAAGAGAAGAAGUAA